AUGUGGGCUGGGCUCGCGAAGAGUUUUGGAAGCCUGUUGGCUGCCCGUGUCUUCAUGGGAAUAGCAGUGGCACCCGCAGACACAAUUGCCCCAAAUGUGAUCGGCGAAAUAUUCUUCACUCACCAGCGUGGUCGAGCCAUGGGAUGCUACACGGUUUGCAUCUGCUUAGGACCGAUCAUUGGAGGUAUGUCCGGUGGAUACAUUGCUGGUGCAAAGGGACUCGCAUGGAUUCAUUGGGUAAAUGUGAUCUUGGCUGCCAUCCUACUGCUUGCCUGUGCUACGCUUGUCCCCGAGACAUUCUUCAACAGAUAUGCCGCCUUACCAUCCAGUCGGAAUCAACACUUGAUGAAACGUGAAGGAGAGCCGGACGCCGAGACAGUCGAUAAUGUUGCCUCGACCUCUCUCACCGCUAAUCUGAAUCAGCAAACUAUUUAUGAUUCUAUGCUAAAAUUGCGUAAGUACGAAGGAAACUUCUUUGAGAAAUUUCUGGCGCCGUGGAAAACACUUCGUCUGCCUGGUGUUUGGCUGGUCAUGUUUUGGUACGCCGGUCUCGUUGGUGGCGUUGUCACCAUCACCACUGUUGGGCCGUCUCUAAUUGCCGCGCCACCUUAUCUCUGGGGGAAAAAUUCAGGCCUCAUCAUGACCGGUGGAAUUAUUGGUGCCGUUCUUGGGCUUAUUGCAACAAAUUUGAGUGCCGAUCGUGUGAUUGUCACUAGAAGCAAAUUGCAGGGCAAUUUAUUCGUCGAACCGGAAGAGCGCUUGCCCAUAGCAAUCCCAGGCUUGAUUCUCGCAACUACAGGCCUUUGGACAUUCGGCUUCUGUGCACAGAACCUUGGACCGGCGCAUAUGUGGAUAGGGAUGCAAUUUGGGCUUGGAAUGCUUUGUUUUGGUUUAAUGCAGGCGCCUUCAAUUGGAUUCAGUUAUGUGAGUGUUAUCAACCCAUACCUGACAAUUAUAAGUCAAAUUUCUAAGUUUCUCUACUCUGGCAGCUUAUUGAUUCUUACGGUCCCCUUGCAGCUGAUUGCUUUGUGGCAGUGA